GCCAGUAGGCGGUGCUGCCUGGAGUUUGCUUCACUGCAGGGUGAGGGUUGGACGUGUGCUAAAGGCUAACAGACUGAAACAGUACGCGAUUAAAGCGUUGAACUUUUCUUUUGCCUUAAAAACAAGAUUUAAGGAGAAACGAAGAUGUCUGCAGGUUGCCAGCAAAGCGAAUGUCGCGUAAUCCCCUCCAGGACAGUGAUUCUGAAUGAUUCAACGCAGCUACCUCAUGAUUAUUGCACUACUCCGGGAGGAACGCUGUUCUCCACCACUCCGGGAGGCACCCGGAUUAUUUACGAUCGGAAGUUUCUUAUGGACUGCCGUCACUCUCCAGUUGCAAAGACUCCACCUCGUUACCUCCCGCAUAUCCCAGGUGUAACAACCCCUGGCAUUGCUGAAGAUACCAAGGCAGAAGCAAACAAUGCUGCUCACAGUGGUGAAAACAACCGUGAAGGAAAAUCAUCCACUGGGGACGAAGCUCAAUUUGAGAUGGAUAUCUAAACUCUCCACAUACUGCAGACUCCGCUUCUCAAUGCUUUGAAGACCUGGCUUGUGGUUCCUAAUGCACAGGCCUUUGCCGUGGUACACAAGCUCUCCUGAAAUCUGCCAAAAAAAAAGUUGAAUACAAAUGAUUUUCACCUGUGGUUAACCCUGCAACGUUUAUACUUUGUCUAUGACCUUAAAUCAUGUUGUUUUUGAAGCAAAAUAAGUUGGUCCCAGUUUUCUGCUGGAUAUUUGGAUAAAGUUGGGGAUAUAAUCUUUUGAAAAUGGAAAGGUAACAUUUUGUUUAAUGGACAAACAAAAGCUAUUUUUAAAACUUUGUACACAAAGCUAUCUUGAAGCAGUUCCCGUUAUGUAAUACUGUAUAUAUCUAGCAGCUGAUAUUUGUUUCAUUACUAAUUGAGUUCAAAAGCAAUUUUGGUACAAAGCCAUAGUUGUAUAAUCUUAUUUUUAGAACAUUGUGGAAUGACAUAUUGAGUUCAGCAAGAACUCACAAUAAGCUCCUUGCUUAACUUUUUUAAUUGUAAUCCCUGGAAUUCCCAAGUCAUUGUUUUUGUUUUAAAUCUAAUGUUCCACAUUUUUGUUUUUAAGAGAAACGUCUUUUGUUGGUGAAGUCACUGCUCCAUUGAUCAUUUCUGCUGUUUUGAGACUUUUCCAUUACCAGUACUUCAUCUUCACGUUCAGUUUAGGGCACUUAUUCCACUGCACGGAAUUCAGUAAGUGUCUUGGACCUGCGUUGCAAACAUCUGAGUGUUUAAGCUUGGCAAAAUCUGCAGUUGUUGGCAGAUCACCAGGAGCUGUGAAGUAACACUAGAUUUGAAACCAUAUUGUUGAAAUGAAAAUAAAUGGGCCUAUCUUGUAUUUAAUUACUGGGAAUAAUGAGAUACUGUGUGUGCUUACAUUGGGUUGGUUCUAUGUACUACCAAGCUGGAGAGUCUAGUAUGUCCUUGGCUUUAUAAAAAAGAAUUAUGUAACAUUUUUCCACAUUUAACUGUUUAAGUUGAUGAGUUUUCAGUGUUUAUUAUUAAACUUGAUAUUGUGGGGAGUGAUCUGGACCCUGGACCGCUGAAGCUGCUUUAGUGGGCAGGAGAACAGCUUGGGGAGAUGAAAUGCUGACUUGCGUUGCCCUAUGAAAGCUGCUAGGAUAUGUUAGAGCUGAAGUUAAUUGACUUAAAAACAUGGAGAGACCUGAUUAAAAACACAUCAGGUCUGUCAGUUAGUAGAUAAUUUGGGGGGGGGGGGGGGGGAUGUUUAGAAGCCUUCCUUUGGAGCUUUUGACGAUAAAAUGCCCCAGUCCCAAUAUAGGCCAUCCAAUCUUUCCAUGAUUGUUCCUGUACCAAACUAAUCCCACUCAUCUCUCCCCACACUUUAUGUUAAAAGUUUCUUUACUUUUUUUUCAAGAAAAGUAGUAUUCUCUUCAUAAUUUGUGAGCCUCUGGUAAUAGUGUGUAGAAUUACGCGUUGUAAUUAGAUUCCUUGGUUGAAAGAUGUUCUGGAUCUUUGAUAAUCUCUCUGCUUUACAGUUGCAGAUUGACUGACAGUUUCUAAUGUUUACUGUUCCUUGGAGAAGUACAACACAGAAACAGGACCUUGGGUCCAUCUUGUCAUGAUUUGAUGGGGAUUUUGUUUUUAAUGGGGUUCAUGGCAAGGCUCCCAUAAUUAGUUGGUUAAUACUCUUGGAUAAAUUAAUUAAACUCAGCUGCUCAGGUAUUUUGACUCUGGAAAACAACUCAAAUGGCAAGGAAAAGUGUUGUCAAUUAUGAUUUAUUUUUAUUGUUUGUUGGGACAAGAGGAAUGUUGGUCCAAUAACUACAUUGCAGGGUUCUGUGAUUUUUGUCAUAAAAUAAUGAUUCCGUGGA